UUGCAAACAGUCGCGCUUCACCGCCCCGAGCCAACAUCCCCUGCCUGCACAGGACCCCUCCAGCACGUGGGAGGCAGCUUCUGCCCAAAUUGACGCAGCCCUGCCCGGGAUAUCCUUGGGAGUCUCAUGCCGGCACAUGAAAGGAGCCUGCAUGGCAGACCAAGCAAGUCAGAAAUGAGGAAAUGAAAUGGCAGCGUUGACGGAAACAAAAACACCACCUGCGCCAUUAGGUGCACCUCCGGACCCAAGACAUGUCCUGCUACAGCCAGUGCCUGCCCUGCCAGCCCUGCGGCCCGACCCCGCUGGCCAACAGCUGCAAUGAGCCCUGUGUCAGGCAGUGCCAGGACUCCACCGUCGUCAUCCAGCCCUCCUCCGUGGUGGUGACCCUGCCCGGCCCCAUCCUCAGCUCCUUCCCACAGAACACCGCCGUGGGAUCCUCCACCUCCGCUGCCGUUGGCAGCAUCCUCAGCUCUGAGGGAGUGCCCAUCUCCUCCGGGGGCUUUGGCCUCUCCGGCUUCGGCAGCCGCUACUGCGGCAGGAGGUGCCUCCCCUGCUAAAGCUGCUGGCGAUGGCCCUGGGCAAGGCCACCAGGGACCCAGGAGAUGGUACCGCACUGGGGACGGAGCAUCGGCUUGUUGCUUUCAGAGAGGCUGAGCAACC